GGACCGCUGGGAAUACCGGGACCACUGGGAAUACCUGGAUCCCCGGGAAUACAGGGACUGCUGGGAAUACUGGGACCCCUGGGAAUAUGGGAAACGCUGGGAAUAGACCACCAGGAAUACCGGGAUCCCCGGGAAUAUGGGGACCGCUGGGAAUACUGGGAUCCCCAGGACCACCAGGAAUACCGGGAUCCCCAGGAAUAUGGGGACAGCUGGGAAUACCGGGAUCCCCAGGACCACCGGGAAUACCGGGAUCCCCGGGAAUAUGGGGACCGCUGGGAAUACCGGGAUCCCAAGGAUCACCAGGAAUACCGGGAUUCCCCGCUGGGAAUAGUGGGACUGGACCGUCGGGAAUACGGGGACCACUGGGAAUACCAGGAUCCCCAGGACCACCAGGAAUACCGGGAUCCCCAGGAAUAUGGGGACCACUGGGAAUACUGGGAUCCCCAGGACCACUGGGAAUACCGGGAUCCCCAGGACCACCGGGAAUACCGGGAUCCCCGGGAAUAUGGAGACCGCUGGGAAUACCGGGAUCCCCAGGACCACCAGGAAUACCGGGAUCCCCGGGAAUAUGGGGACC